CUACAUAUAGAUGUGUUUGGUGCCGUGUGCUAUAGCAGCUACUUGUAGCAAUUAGCUUGCUGGAGAAAUUAAAAAAAAAAAAAAAAAAAAAAAGGGCAGCUUUCUGGGCUGCAAAUUCUCAACGAAGAGAAAAGAAUAUACUCUUCUUCAGCCAACGAAAGAAGUUAAGAAAGUAUACAAAAUGGAAAGAAGGCAGUCAGUUUCGGAGGUGGCCAUUCAAGGACUUAAGAAGCUUCUCAGUGAGAAGAAAGAUUUGGAUGAUGGGGCAGCAGCUGCCAAAAUUGAGAAGCUGACACUUGAGUUGCAAGGCCAGAUACCUCCUCCUUUUGACCCAGCAGUUGAAGCAAUUAAAAAUGGCUUCAUUGACUUCAAGAUCAACCAAUUUGAAAGGUAUCCAUGUUGUUAUAAAGAACUUGCCAAGGGCCAGAGCCCCAAGUUUCUGGUAUUUGCAUGCUCAGACUCCCGAGUGUCUCCAACGUUUAUCCUUAAUUUCAAACCAGGGGAAGCCUUCAUGGUUCGCAACAUUGCUAACCUGGUUCCACCAUUUAACCAGAUAAGAUACUCAGGAGUUGGAGCAGCCAUUGAAUAUGCUGUUUCAGUACUUGGGGUGGAAAAUAUUUUGGUCAUAGGACACAGUAGAUGUGGUGGUAUAAAGAGGCUUAUGGAGCUUCCAGGGGAUGGUUCUGUUCACUUUGAUUUUGUUGAUGAUUGGGUACAAAUUGGUUUACCUGCCAAGUCCAAGGUUAUAGCGCAAUGUGUGCCACCAGAUCAACAAUGUGAGGCUUGUGAAAAGGAAGCAGUAAAUCUAUCCCUGGUAAACCUGCAAACUUAUCCUUAUGUUCAAGAGAAAAUCUCAAAGAAAAAACUAGCUCUCAGAGGAGGUUACUAUAACUUUGUUAAUGGAUCUUUUGAGCUCUGGGAGUUGAAAACCUGCAUUUCGCACCCGAUCAUCAUAUAAUAUCCAGAAAUUAUUUACUGAGCUACAUCGGGAAGCUUAUAUUGGCCUUCUUCGUAAUAGAAUUUCUAUUACCAGUUAUAGGACGUUAAAUGAUCAAUAUCAGCUACCCGAUCAAAUUCUGUAUAAGAUUUCUGUGUAUAUAUAUAUAUAUGUGUGUGUGUGUGUGUGUGUGUGUGUGUGUGUGUGUGUUUUUCAUUGAUCUUCUCUUUCAUAGACAUUUUUCAUAUAAAUGUCCUGCCUCUGUGAAUAAGUGCUAGUAAAGCAGAGCCAGAGGAGUCCUUUGUGUGCUUGCUCAUGUUUGUUAUUUAUUCACUCAUGUAUGUUAAUUGUUUGUUAAAUGUUUUUUUUUUUUUUUUCUUCGAUCGAAAGUUUGGUAAUAAAUGAAGAAGAGCCGGCCCUUCUGUGCUGGCUUUUGGAUGUUUA